UGCCUGCUGUCAGAAAACAGUUGCUGGUGCUGAAGUAAACAUCUUCACGGGUUUUGCUUUCUGAAUUGAGUUCCCAUUACUCUCUCCUUCGGAAUUCAUCCACUUGAGUCAGAGAUGCAUUUAGUAGUGCUGCUCCUCGGCCUGGCCUCGGCUGCCAGUGCUGCAUCUUUCUACGGCGUUGUCUUGGAGGAAUGGGAGUCAUUCAAGCUCGCCUACAACAAGGAGUAUGACCACGUGGAAGAUGCCUUCCGCCUCAAAGUCUUCGCCGAGAACAAGCAAAAGAUUGCCAGGCACAACCAACUGUACAACAAAGGAGAGCGCACAUACGACUUGAAGAUGAAUCGCUUUGGAGAUAUGCUGCAUAACGAGUUCGUGCACACGAUGAACGGCUAUCGAGGCAAUGGCAUGAACAGAACCUACGAGGCAUCGCACUUCGUGGCGCCCGACAGUGACGUGAAGCUCCCCGAGACUGUGGACUGGCGCACCAAGGGGGCAGUCACUCCCGUCAAGGACCAGGGCGAUUGUGGCUCGUGCUGGGCUUUCUCCGCAACGGGAUCAUUGGAAGGCCAGCACUUCCGCAAGACGGGCCAGCUGGUGAGUCUGUCUGAACAGAACCUGGUGGACUGCUCGGGCGCCUACGGUAACAAAGGCUGCAAUGGCGGCCUCAUGGACUACGCUUUCCAAUACAUAAAAGAUAACGGCGGCAUCGACACCGAGGAAGCAUAUCCGUACACAGCCGCAGAUGGUGAUACAUGCGAGUUCAAGAAGAAGAACAUCGGCGCCGACGACACAGGCUUCGUGGACAUCGAGAGCGGCAGCGAGGAUGCGCUGAAGGCAGCUGUGGCCACCUUGGGUCCUGUGUCCAUUGCUAUUGACGCAUCCAACAAUGACUUCCAUUUUUAUAAAUCAGGUAUCUACAACGAUCAGCUAUGCUCCAGCAAACGCCUGGACCACGGCGUGCUACUUGUGGGCUACGGAACAGAGAACGGCCAAGACUUUUGGCUCGUGAAGAACUCGUGGGGAAAGUCUUGGGGAGAUGAAGGAUACAUCAAAAUUGCGCGCAAUGCCGGCAAUAUGUGCGGUGUGGCAACUGCUGCGUCCUAUCCUCUAGUAUAGCCAAUGCCAGUCCUCCUACCGGAUGAUUAUUUGCAUUUGUAUUGUUAGAUAAUAAUUUAUUGCACGCGUCAUGUCGACAGAUGUGUAAGAAUCGGAAUUGUUUUCGCCUUAGCGUGUGGUGGUCAUGGUGACACAACGAUAAAGUUCUUUUCUAAUUUUUCCCUAUGUUCUUUGAUUAUAGAAAGCUUCCUCCUUUCUUCCUCCUUUCACGUUAGAUAUUUUUCUCGUUCUAAUGAAACUUGACAAAUUCGUAGGUAAUGUUGUUUCAAAUCGCUGUAGAUUUAAUGUCAAACACGUGUCUUUUUCUCUAUUCACAACAGUUUUAAGCGUUUUUAUAGCUUACACACUACACAAUGUUAUGAUAUCGAGGGAUUUUUAUAACCUGAAAUUGCUUUAAUAACGUAUUUCAAAGAAGCUCAGUUGAAGACUCUUGCUGUUUGCGGUAAAUAACUUCCUACGGACA